CUCUCACAGAUGCCUCACAUUUGCCUACUGUUAAACUGAGUAGUCAGUCGGACCUACAGUACCUGAAUAUGGCACAUUUGCAACUGGAUGCUACCAGGAGAACGCCUCACCAGCCCUGCUAGCGGGAUUUGACUAUGCAACUUAUUGUUCUCCAAGAUGACGGUCAAGCAGAAGAUAGCCGUUUUGCCUAGAGGAGGGAUCCAAAAGGAGGGAUCCAAAACGCAUUGCAAAUGGUGUUGGAUAAGCUACAUAACAACAGGACUUACCACGAUUUUUCCAGGUGAUCCAUGUUGCUGGACAAUGUGACUGGGGAUGGCGGCCAAAUCAGGUCCCUUGCAGCGACACCAGCAGCUGUGCGCCAUAAACAAAAAGUCUCCCGCUCUCCCGCCUUUCCCCGCUCUCCUCCAUCCCACAGCCCCACCUCCACCCUACUCUCUCUCCCCUUGCCACCACCACCACCACCACCACCACCACCACCUCCACCGCCUCCCUAUCGCCGCCAGCCCUGCCUCCCCAAACGCUGGUGGGUGCAGAUGUGUGCCCCUGUCACCUGAGCCUCGUAACCGCCCCACCCUCUGCCUCCACCCCCACCCUCCUUCUCCAUGUGGCCCCUCGGACCGGCGCGGGCAUCUGCCGGCGAGAUGGAGAUGGCUCUCCCGACGCCUCCCUGGCUCCUCUUCUGCCGUCAGCUCAUCUCGCCGCUGCCACCGCUGCCGUCCUACUGGCAUCAUGGGCCCAAUUAGCACGACGCAUUCUAUCAAGAAGCUUAUUUAGCAUAACCGAUAUACAAAUGAGUGAGCGAGGAGGAAGAAGGGAGAGAGGGAGAGGAAGAAAGGAGAACGUAAUGUUUUAAUAAACUUGGUGCUGAAAAAGAGGCUGAGAGGCUGUUAUUGUCUUGGCACUGGCAAUUGUUGUCACACCCCUUAUGAAAAUGGCUGUGGUGAUGAGACACACAAAAAAAAGGCGAGAAAGUUUUCUU